AUGUGGCGUCAGCAUCGGCUGCUGAAGAGCAUGGGUCCUUGCCCAGACCGCACGGAGAUAUGGCAGGCAUGGAGGCACUUUGCAUCCUUUAAAGCCAGCGUUCGCGCCCUGCAGAAGACCAGCAGAUUAGCUAGAAGACAGCACAUUGAAGAACUGAUAAUCCUUGCUGAAAAAGCAUCGCAGCAGCCCAAUCAGUCUGAGGUUUAUCGGGUUAUCAAUCAGCUUGCCCCCAAAAAGCGAGUAGAGAAGGUGCGGAUCCGUACCCAAGACGGAGAGCUGCUGGGUCAGAAGCAGGAGUUUCAGGCCAUUUACGAGUAUUUCAGUGGAGCUUUCAGCAGGACCACUGAUUACCAACGCCCAUCCCUUGAAGCUCUCAACAUAACUGCCUCCGUGGUCGAUGUUGCUAUUUCGCAGCUUAAGAGCAUCCCGGCCCGAGACGAUGCAUGGCACCUGGUGUGCUCCAGUCAGUGCUACGGGCCGACCAGGAGCUCGCACUUGCAGCACCCGCAUGCCGGCUGCCUCAGUGCGAUGUUGAUCUUCCUGACCUCCUUGCGCCCCUGCUCCCUGAGGCUGUGGUUGCUGUACACCGCUGAAGAUAUGCUGUGCUCCUUCGGGCCCGAUGCCUCAACCCGGGGUCGCUUGGAUGAGGAGCUAAGGAUAAAUGAGGGCGGCUUCGUCUGGUUAAGGGGGGCGUCUAUUAAGCUGUUCGGCCACACUUAUCAUGGGUAUGGUCAUUUGUUGAGCCUUGUAGAGCGCCUUCCUGAUGAGCUGAAUGUUGCCAGAGGCAAGGCAUGCCUUCCACUCUUGAGCGAGAAAUUGGAGCUGCCCCUGACGUUUCAGCAGCUUCACUUGUUUCGCUUUCCGGUCUUCAAUGACUCGCCCCAUAUGCGAGCUAUGCAGGAGCUCUUUCCGGAGGGUGCGCUCACGAUGGAGGUCUUGACCUCUCUGGAAGCCGUGUUGCCUGACGAGCUCCGUAGGGAUUUGCUGGCCAACAACCCGCCCGACCAGGCGGCGCUACAUCGGAUGAAAGCGUGGCUGCUGGGCACGAUCGAACUGUAUCAUGCGGCAACUCGGGUCUCGUGGGCUCUCCACCGAGCGGAUCUGAGCGAUGAGGUCCCACGCGCUAACGUUCCCGACAUUUACCUGGAGGUCUUCUUGCAUAUUGGAAACUUUUGCUUGGCUGCAGCUACGCUUGAGGAUGUACAGGCAAUCGUGGAUGAUUCGAUGAGUGAUGUUCUUAAGAUUGAGGAUCGUGUGGCGCUUACAGAGUCAGUGCAUAAGUGGUGCGCGCUUCAUCAAGGGACAGUGGAAAGGACUGUUCGCGAGAUCGGGCAGAAUGUCCGACGUGGGCCUUAUAUCCGUCGUGGGCCCAGUGUGACGGCUGCCGAUUUGUAUGAGGGGCUUUUGGCUUCUGACCCUGUGCUGGGUUUGGCUGCUCUUGAGAAGAAGUUAAAGCUUCGCAAAGCUGGAACAGGGGCGCGUGUGGAAGCAGAGGACUUGUGCAGGCGAAAGUUUCCGGCAAUUGCAGUUGACCCCGGAAGCCAUCAGCAAGCGGUGGCCGAGCCACCGAAGGACCAGCCGGCGCCUUCUCCGGAGGAUGCAGAUGCGCCAUACUUUGUUGUUGUGAGUCGUAGUGGGCACAGACGUCUUCACAUGUCACGCACUUGUGCUGUAAGGCAGGAGCGUUGCUUGGAGACCAUUCCUUUGUACAGCAUCACUCAGGAUUCUGCAGAUGCAAUUUGUAAGUUAUGCAGGCCCCGGCUAAAGGAGCAAGGGGCGGUCAGCAGUGAGUCCGCAUCCUCAGAUGCAGUGGAGCCGUGA